AGUACAUAGUACCGCAUUUCAUUCAACACAACAGUGACCGCGACAUAAAUGACAUCCCCCUGCGAUCGCAUCCCACAACCUCCCGUCCCCCAACUACAUGUCAGCCUACCUCAACCAGCCUGUGCAAAUAAACACAAUGGCGUGCUCAACAUGCGGCACCGAAGCCUUUGCCUGGCUAGCCGAGACCUUCGUCUGCCCCACCUGUGGCGACGACGACUACGUAGUUCCGCUUUUCGCGACCGACCUCGAGCGAGAAAACGCCGCGAGACGCACAGACACAGGCGAAGAGCAUAUCACAUUCACUGAAGGCAGGCGCGAGAUCGGGAGCAGAAAGCGAAAGAGAACUGAAAGCAAGGAUAGUGAUACACAAUAAGAUCGUCGUGUAUCCGACGCUGAAUCCUCGGUCAGGAUACGUGGAGUCUGCUUUGAUAUGUGAGGCGCUGUGUCGUAGCCUGGAUUACUU